AUGGUGUAUUUUAUCAUUUGGGCGAGAACACCACGGCAGUCAAAUGAGAGGCUACUAUCCACAAGCAGACGCUUGCCAAGGCUUAUCGCAGCUUUGGAGAUCGUGAUAUUGCGCGACGCCCUGAAAUCGAUCAGUCUCUUCGUGAGAAAAGGACCAUCACUGAUGGUGAGGAUAAGUCCGACAACGCAUUGUAAGAAGCAAGUUGACUUAGAUCCAGAGCCGACGUCCGUUAAGGUUAAGGAUGACCUUGCGAAAUGGGAGCUAACCCACCACGACGAGACUUGGAUGGGAUUGGACGCAGUUGACCCCCCUCAGAUCCUCUUUGACACCAACUCAACCACUACUUUGACUUUUAAGCAAAUACUAAGCCCUUAUUUCGUCUCUAUUGAGCUGUUCCGUGAGGGCAUCAACAAGGGUCAGAAGGGCUUAAUGAUGGGCUUGGAGUUGCAAUUCAUCAAUCAUGCUUAUUGA